AUGUUUUCCAGACGUAGGUUAUCGCGAGAUACAGAGCAACCAACGAACGCCAGUGCGCUUGCAGCUGCUUCUGCUGUUGGAAAAGCACUAAAUUCCAAUGGAACGACCGUCGAUAGGAGUAAAAUUCCCGAAUAUAAUCGUUCUCCUUCACUUGGGAGCUCUAGAAGGAGCUCGCUUCAACUGGACGGGCCACUAGGCAAUAGAAACAACGGCUCGAGCAGAACGGGUAGUCCAGAUGAAAACAUUAUAGAUGGGAUAAGAAGAAGAACUUCCGUAAAGAGCACUAACCCGCGCUCGAAUAGCUCUACGCGGUCUCGCAGCCUUCAGGGCCCAGGUGGUUCUGCAGGAAGGAAGAGAUCGCUGAGGAAUGGAGCGGAGGACUGUAAUGUGGAUCCACAAACUGUGUUCAAGGAAUUUGGUGAUCAGAAAACCGCCGCAUUCGUACAGCAGUCGGGAAACGAGAAACCUGUAACCAUUAAGAAAUAUAUUCCGACGUCUCAUGGGUUGGUGGCCGUAGAGGUUCCUAUUGAAGAACAUUUGGAACAGCAAAAGAGACGCUUCUCACAUUUGAGACGUUCUAGUUCGUCCAAUUCACUCUCCAUAGCACGCCAGAACUCCCUAACCAGAAGAGCAACCUUGGAAUCGCAGGCUAAAUCGCAAGAAAGAAGACACUCGUCCUUGACAAACAGUUCAUUUAGGUCGCCAUCUUACCGGUCGCGACAGUCAGACAAUCAGCCACUAAUUCGGACGCAUAUGCCAGAGGAAACAGAACAGGAGCUUACGGAGGAUAUCAUAAGACCUCUGCGAAUUCCACGAGAUGAAUAUGUCAAAAAGACCACAGAAGUUGAUUCUUUAAAUCACAACGGGCAGGGUUCAAGUCGUCAGCUGGAAACAGAAAUACAGCAUGUUGACGAUAACGUUAUAAUGCAAGAAGAGCAAUCUGAAUCGGAAAUAACCGUCAAUGAAAAAUUGGCUCCAGCGGCAGCGGAGCUGUCGUUGAAUCCUCCGCAAGAGGCCGGCCCUUCAAAAGCUCGCGAUCAUUCUGAGAAGCCCAACAUUGCCGUAGAGAAGGAAAUUCAAAUAAUGGCGCAGUCUGAUGCCCCUGCGCCUGAGAACCUUGGUCAGGCAGACAGGACUGAUUCAGAACCAAGGAACGAUUCUGAAGAUGAUUUGUUCGAUGCAUCCGACAAUGUUGAAACAGAGCACGCAGAGGACUCGACAAAGCCAGCCCAGUCUGGCGCAGAGCCACCUCGCGCGUCCAGCCUCGCUCAACAUUUGCGGGCAUUGAAUCCUUAUCUAAAUCAGCCAGAGGCUGCUUCAUCUGCUAAGACUGAAGAAGGGGACGCGCAAGUCUCCUCGAAACCGGAUACAAAGAACUUGUUCAAAGUUCCCUCGCCCAUGAAGUCUGCACUCAAGAAAACCAAUACUCAGUCAAGUGCUGCAUCUUCGAUUUAUUCAGAGAGCUCACCGGCGAAUCAGGCUUAUCUAUCGCUAACUACUGCUGAAAACACAAGAUUGAACGCCAAACUAGCUAGUUCUGAGAACCUUGUCCAGAGGCAAAACUCUAAGCAUCAAACCAGACCGUACUCAGUAGCAAAUCCACCGAAUUAUGGAUCAACUUCACCUUCGCCCAGAGAGAGUGCUAAAGCUAAGCGUCAUUCGACCGUGCAAAAGUCUGCAGGAGAAAAUAGACAGUUUGCAUACAGGCCAAACAGUGAGCAAACGACGAAUCAUGCAACGGCUGCAGCUAGAACAUCAACGUCUAUCAACAAAGCGAGAAAGGACUUCGUAAAAAGGAAACCUUUUGAACAUAUUAAUAAUAAGAACGAUAUGACGAAGAAGGAAAACCGUAAAUCCAAAGAGGUUCCCGACAGCGUGUUGUAUCCCAAGGAACCACCUCAGAAGAGAUCAAGUUUUGAGAAGAUCAGAAACCAGGAAGUACAUCUUGGCUUUAAGAAACUGUCACUGAGAGAUGAAAAAAUGCUCGAAGCCGAUUUUGAUCAAAAUAAUUACACUAAUGGUAGUCGGUCCGGCAUACCGACAACCCCAAAGAAGCAAAAUGCUGCUUUGUCUUCACAGGAAGCUAACCUAGCGUUUUUAGAGAAAAGUGGUUGGAAAUCAAGAUUUCAUGAUUCGGAUUCGGAUGAUGAUUCGAUGCCUUUCACCGGCAGCAGCCAAACAAAGCAAGCAACAUCCAUAGGAACCCACUCAGAGGGCCCUGCUGGUGCUUCCAAGGGAUUCUCGCUGUUCAAGAACAAGGGUAAAGCACAAAAUGGUACAACUGCCAUGCAGCAACCGGCACAACCACCAUUCAUGGAGGGAGAAGCAUCUCUAUCUAACGCUACGCCAAACAAGGUCAACAAGAAAUGGAGUAAGCUUUCUCUCAGGUCUUCGAGCACCACCGACGCAUAUGAUUCAAAAAGCGAAAGUUUAAACAAAUCAGCAGCUCAAGAGAAGAGAUAUCACAGUAAUUCAAAAGUAGAAGGCUUUGAUCAUGGCGGUAUGAAAGCAAGGACGACGGGAGAAAAUCUGCUAGCCCCCUCUGACGGCAAUAACCAGGCGGUCAAGAAGAAGAAGACGUUCGGUACAAAACUCAAGAAGUUAUUCGGAAGAGAAAAAUACUAG